AAGGGGAUGAAGUGCUUGAAGGAGUAGGAGAGACGUUGGGUCUCCAGUCCAGCAGCAUCCAUGCUCAACCACAUGCCUUGUGAUGCUGAGGCUGCUUUUCAAAUGAGCGUCCCAAGCAUCGUGCCCAAAGCCAGGCACGCUGUCUGUCAGCCUUUCCCCACCGACACAUGAGACAUCCCUCUCGUGUCAUGAGAUGUGGGGGGCCUCUGCACCACUUGGGACAGCUUGGUGCUCCCCUGGGAGGGCCUGUUUUGUGGUUUCACCCCUCUCUAUUGGGUGAGGGUCCCUGGCCCCUGGGCAUGGAUGGUCCCUUGGGCUCAACAUCUCUAAAGCCCUUUAUCAGCAGAGACUUUGUUGGCCCCCCUUGCCAUGUUGGCUAAACUCUCCAACACCGAUUAGGAGAGGGCUGGAGGGAGGUAUGGCCGCUGCUUGUUUAGGGCAUGACCUUGUUAUUGAAGGAGGUAAUUAAACCUGCCUGGGAUAUCUUUGCCCAUUAGCCCUGCUGCCACGCUGGUGCUGGGAAGGUUCGGCAGAAGAAUGGCAGUGCCAAGCCCACCGGCUUUGGCAUCACCACUGUUAAUGAUUGCCCGUCACCAGUUUCCAAUGCACCUGCCAUUACUGAUAGUGUAAUAUUUCAAAGCUUAGUCAGCGUCUCCUCCCACUCGCACCGGUCAGGGCAGGAGCAGGGACCUGGAUGGCGUGACUGGGAUGAUGGAUCCGGGGUCACUCAGCUUGCAGCUUCGCAUUGGGGUGAAGCUAGCUGGGCAGCAGCUCAGCCUGCGAAGCUGGAGAGAUGCUGUCAGAGGGAAGUGGAGGGAGAAGCAGAGUUGGGAUUUUCCUUGGCUAUGUUUAAACCCAGCAGGUAGCCAGGGAAGCCAGCUGAGGCAAGGGUUAACCUUGCAAUGCAAUCCACGCUCCUCCACAACCCCACGUGAUGUACAACAGAAACAACAUGAGAUUAACAGCACCUUCACUGUUUUCUGCUCCAGCAACCCUAGCUAAAAUUAACCAGGCUUAGGAAGCAUUUGUAACUAGCUGGGGCAGAGGAGACAGCAGCUGCAUGUGUUCAGCCUGGGCAGUCCCUGGGGGCUUUUCCCAGCCAAUUCUGCAGCAUGAGCCUGAACUGUCACCUUGGAGCUUCUGAUCCGUGACUUGCCGUAUGAAUUUUGUCAAGCCCCUUUAGCUAAGCUGAUGCCAGUGAUGGAAUAUAAGCGUAAAAAUAAUUUCUUAACAGCUGACAUGUGUCCGGAUGGGUGUCCUGGGAAGGCUGGGACCCUCUGGACCACAGCCCACAGGCUGGGGAGCUCAUGGCUGCGGUAGACCAUGGUGAACACGGGUUGCAGCACCUGGGCAGGGAGGUCGGGCCUCUCCCAGCCUGUGGGAGGAGGGAAACCGAGGCAGGAGAUGCAGACACCCCCGUGCCAUGGCUCCCUUUGCAUUCCCUCCUGGCAGGUUUGAGCAAGGUGGUUUGACAGUCCCCCGGCUCUGCCUGGGCUGAUAAUGGUGCCUUUGUGCUGCCCGACGCUGCACGAGUGGCUGCCACUGCUGACUCAGGGCUUUUUCCCAGCCAGCGCCACUGCGGGAGCCCCGUGACCCAUCGGUGGGGGGGACCCUGCAAGGGGGGGGCUAGCAGCAAAGCAGUGAGGCAACAGGCUCUGCAGAAAGCCAGCAGCUGCAGGAGCCGACAAUACCCUGCGGUGGAGGGGACACUCCCAGCUGAGCAGGACCCGACGCCAUGGGCUCCCGGCACUUCCCUGCCCGGACAGUCCUCUUUGAGAAGGAGUCCAAUGGUGUCACAUACCGCGUGCCUGCUCUGCUCUACCUGCCCUGCGUGGCCAAACUGCUGGCUUUCGCUGAGGAGCGGCUGAGUGCCGACGAUGCCCACGCCAACCUGCUGGUGCUGCGCCGCGGCACGAUCUACGGGAGCUAUGUGGAGUGGGAAGACAUGCGCGUGCUGGAGACGGCGACGCUGCAGCACCACCGGUCAAUGAACCCCUGCCCGCUCUAUGAUGAGUUCACUGGCACCCUCUUCCUUUUCUUCAUCACGGUGCUGGGCAGGACCCCUGAAGCCUACCAGAUUGUCACCGGCCAAAACGUCACCCGCCUCUGCUGUGUCACCAGCGCUGACCAGGGCCUGAGCUGGAGCACAGCCACAGACCUGACGCAGCAGGUCAUUGGUGGGACCAUCAAAGACUGGGCGACGUUUGCACUGGGCCCCGGGCAUGGGAUCCAGCUGCGGUCCGGCCGGCUGCUAGUGCCUGCCUACAGCUACCACAUCGACUGCAAGGAGUGCUUCGGCCAGCUCUGCAAGACCACCCCUCACUCCUUUGCCUUCUACAGUGAUGACCACGGCCGGGGCUGGCGCUUUGGGGAGUUCAUCCCCAACCUGCAGACGGGUGAGUGCCAGCUGGUCUCGGUGGACGAGGAGGAUGGCUCCAACGUCCUCUACUGCAAUGCCCGCAGCCCCUUGGGCUUCAGGGUCCAGGCGCUCAGCACAGAUGACGGGGCUGUCUUCCACGGGGGGCAGCUGGUCCAGCGGCUGGUCGAGCCCCCCCAUGGUUGUCAUGGCAGCGUCGUCGGCUUCCCUGCACCUUUUGUGUAUGUCCCCACUGCCCCCUGGGACCCCACGAUGCCCCUCCAGGGCUCAGCUCGCCGGCUGCUCCCUGGGAUGCUCCAGGGAUUUCGGUACCUGCCCACCCGGCAGGCAGCAGGUGAUGAGCUGCCCGCUGUAGCCACCAGCAGCCACCAUGAGCCAGCCGAGCCCGAGGAGGGCUGUCUUACCCCAGGGCUUCACGGCCAUGCCCAUGGUAUUGCCUCAGUCCAAGGGGACCCUGUGGUGACCCCCAGCCCCGCCGCCUUCUUCCAAGCACCGACGUGGGUCCUCUACUCCCACCCCACCAGCUCCAUGUCACGGGUCAACAUGGGGGUUCACCUGAGCACAUUCCCCAGGGACGUGGAGAGCUGGACUGAGCCGUGGGUCAUCUAUGAGGGCCCAAGUGCUUACUCGGACCUGGCUUACAUGGAGCUGCCCUACAAUGAGGCCUCCAUCUCUGGUGGCCCAGCCGUCGCUUUCGCCUGCCUCUACGAGAAUGGAACGCGGUCGCCCUACGAGCAGAUCUCCUUCAGCAUGUUCACGCUAUACGAUGUGCUCCAGAACAUCCCCCUGACAGCCGCUGCUCCCCAGCAGGACAGCAGCCCCACACACCGCAGGAAGCGGAGGCAAAAGAGCUGCCUCAUCUCCUAAUGCCCCCCCAGGUUGGCUCCCCCCUGGUCCCUCAGCACCGGACCCUGUGGCACCAACCCAGAGCCCAGUGCACUGGGAUGCUCACAGCCUGGUGUCCUGCCACUGGCCAGCAUGGCCACAUCACACAGAAGCCAUGUACUACCGUCCCAAAACUGGAUUUUUAUCUUAUUUUUAUUGCUAUUUUUUAAUUACAUAGUUGAUUAGGCAUGGAGGCUUGUGCCACCAGCCCAGCCCCAGGCUCCUUUCUAAAUACAUGAGCCAACCCAUGAAAUACAUAAUGGGGGGCAACAGCAGCAAAGCAGGGGAGAAGGCAGCGGGGGACACCCUGUGCCACCUGCCUAUGCCAGGUCCUGGGCCGGGGGGACGUCAUGCUCCAGCUGUGCCAUACCUGGUACUACCACCCUGCUCUGAGGGUUUUCCUCCCAUGGUCAUAAAUACUUAUGUUCCUUUUUUAAUUGCUCCUUUUUAAUGAUGCUGUUUGAGCCAAUGCCUCUUUUUCUCAACAGUCUCUCCAAAAAUCACUGUGCUGGUUUUGGCUGGGGUAGAGUUAAUUUUCUUCAUAGUACUAUAUUUUGGAUUUGUGCUGAAAACAGCGUUGAUGAUACAGAGGUGUUUUUGUUACUGCUGAGCAGUGCUUACACAGAGUUAAGGUCUUUUCUGCUCCUCACACUGCCCUACCAGCGAGCAGGCUGGGGGUGCACAAGCAGUUGGGAGGGGACACAGCCGGGACAGCUGACCCCAACUGACCAAAGGGAUAUUCCAGACCAUGUGACAUCAUGCUCAGCAAUAAAACUGGCGGGGGGGGAAAGUUGGCUGGGGGCCGCUGCUCGGGGACUGGCUGGGCAUCAGUCAGUUGGUGGUGAGCAAUUGUUUUCAUUUGUAUCACUUGUCUUUCUUGGGUUUUAUUUCUCUCUCUCUGUU